AUGCCGCUUAAGUCGGAUGAUGCAACGUUUGGGAUGCCUAAGAGUGUUCAUGAUUACGGUUUACCUUGGUCAGCAACUGUCGUCUUAACUGGUGUAGUUUUGCGAAUCUUAGCUUCGCCGACACAUAUUUUUGCUGAGAAAUUGUAUGCAAAACAGACAGUAACCGUUGGCUUUUUGAGACGUCAGCUAAUCAAAAAAUUUGCUGAUCAUUAUAAAAUUGGUAUCGUUGCUAGUGGCGAUAGAUAUAAGUUGGAUACCAUCGAUGAACGCCUCUUGAAGAAAUGCAAUACACUGGUGGGAGAAUAUGUGCAGAAGUACAUGAGCGAACAUCGAUUAGGAACAGCAAGGAUUUUGAACCUACGAAUCUCAGUAAUGCCGCUAUGGUUUUUUGCCUCCUUAUCGCUCCGAAGUAUCAUUAUAAGUAAUCUCUACACCUUAGACAUUGGUGAAGAGGCGCCUUUUGGGAUGAACGGUUCACUUUGGUUUCCUGAUCUUUUGCAGCCUGACCCGCUUUACAUUUUGCCACUCACAGUUGGUCUUCUUGGUUUCUCCAAUUUGUAUUUAUCGAAGCGACUUUACCCGACAGAAGUGGGAGAAAGUAUUAGAACUAUUUUUUUCACUGUCAUUACGCUAACCAUCACCGCCGUUUUGUUAAAGGCUCCAGCAGUAAGCUUUUUUUCGUUUAUUAUUUUGAAAAAUGUUGAUUUCAAGUUCCCUCAACGAAAAAAUUUACUCAAGUUCUUUUCUUUGUACUGGAGCGUCGUUGGGUUAACUGCUCUAGUAGAAACACAUCUUUUGAGGACCUCAUCGUUCAAAAAGCUUUUUGGUAUUCCACCGUUAUCAACUGACUUACCUGGGCUGUUUGGUAAUUUCUUUGUAAGGAGCAGAAAUGAAAGAAAUUGUGAUAGUCGGUCUUUAGUAGAAGGGCUAACACUAAGCAUUGCCAUAUGUGGAGAUGAAGACUAUGAUUGUUACCUCAGUGUUACGACUGAAAACUUUUCAUUACUGCAUUGUCCUACAGAAAAUUUUACGCUAAGAGAAGCUUCUGUCGUCUUUUGUAUCGGUAGUAGUGUCAAAUACCUAGUCAAAUUUUUCACAGGUGAGAUAUAA